AAAUUACAUAAUGCGACUAUAAAAGAGGAAAGAUUGGUUACUCUACAACAGUAGAUCUUACAGCAGUGUCCGAGCAGUAUCAUUGAUUAGGGGAUAAGCAAUAACGUCGACAAAUUGUUGGAUCCAGAUAAAAUGAGAAGAAUAAUCACGCUUUGUACAAUAUUAUUAUUGUUCAGUAUUGGGCAUGGCAAACCUAAUGCAAAAUGGUGGCGGACAAUGUCACUUUAUCAAAUUUACCCCAAAAGUUUCAAGGACAGCGAUGGAGAUGGUACAGGAGAUCUUAAUGGUAUCAAGAGCCAGCUAAACCAUCUCAUCCGUUCGCAUAUUAAAGCUUUCUGGUUAUCUCCGAUUUAUCCCAGCCCGAUGGUCGAUUCCGGAUAUGACAUUUCCGAUUUUCUCCGCAUCGACAAAACUUUUGGCACUAUGGAGGACUUUGAGGCGCUCGUAAAAGCCGCGCAUGACGCAUCUUUAAAAAUUAUUCUGGAUUUUGUUCCUAAUCACUCUUCCGAUCAACAUGAAUGGUUUCAAAAGAGUCUAAAGAGUAUCGAACCCUACACCGACUAUUACGUAUGGCAUAAAGGCAAGGUGUUGCCUAAUGGAACGGUUACAAAACCGAAUAAUUGGGUGAGCGUGUUCGGUAAAUCAGCGUGGACCUGGCGUGAAGAACGACAAGCAUAUUAUCUUCAUCAAUUCGCAGCGGAGCAGCCCGACCUCAACUAUGAGAACGAGAACGUAGUGCGCGCAAUGAAGGACGUCCUGAGAUUUUGGCUCGACAAGAGAGUGGACGGAUUCCGAGUAGAUGCGAUUCAACAUUUGUGCGAGGACGUCAGAUUCUUGGAUGAGCCACUCACGGGUAAUCCGAAUCCCGAUGAUUACGGUUACACGGACAAAAUAUACACCAAGGAUCAGCUACGCACAUACGAGAUAGUCAAAGGAUGGCGACAAGUGCUAGACGAGUAUCAGGACAAAGUUAUGAUGAUGGAGGUCUACGCAAACAUGUCGAUGACGAUUAAGUAUUAUGUAUACGGAGCACACUUUCCCUUCAAUUUUGGUCUGAUUACCGACACGAAUCGAGACUCUAAAGCGGCCGAUUUUAAAAGGGUAAUCGAUAGAUGGAUGCUAAACAUGCUUGUUGUGGGCGGUCCCGCCAACUGGGUGGCUGGGAAUCACGACAGAUCCAGAUUAGUGACACGUUACGGAUUGGAACGAGCGCAGGCGGUAACUGUGCUAACUCUGUUGCUUCCAGGCGUAGCUGUGACUUACAAUGGUGAAGAAAUCGGAAUGGAGGAUACAUGGAUUUCGUGGGAAGAUACCAAAGAUCCGCAAGCUUGUAAUGCUGGUAAAGAAGGAUACGAAAAAGCGUCCCGGGAUCCUGCCAGAACGCCAUUUCAAUGGGACAAUACCACUUCAGCUGGAUUCUCUAGAAAUCCGAACACAUGGUUACCGGUAAACAAAAAUUACGUGACGCUUAAUUUGGCCGCGCAAAAGGGAGUACGGAACUCCUAUUACUCACUAUAUAAGGCAGUUUCUGCUCUACGAACAUUACCGGCUGUUAGAGAGGGAACCUUGACCACAAACUUAUUAGGCGAUGAUGUUCUUUUCUUUGCCAGGUUUCACGAAGAUUCGGUUUACGUAACGAUAAACUUUGGAAAUAAAGAAGAGACUGUCGACUUAUCACCGUUCAUUCAGCCUGACACUAGAUUGACAGUUUACUAUGCAACUACAAAUGCUCAUCAUUUAAUCGGGACCGUCUUCAAAGAUAUUCGAGCCUUGAAAAUCCCCGCAUCAACAACUGUAAUAUACGUAUAG